CAUCAGCGCGCGCCUCGGUGCCGGUGAACAUGUCGGUGUUUAGGACCGGACUGACCCUCGCGGCGGGAGCGGUACUCGGAGCGGGACUCAGCGCGCUCCUCAGGCCGAGCGAGGAGCGCCUCAGCCCGGACUCUGUGCUGUCCGUGUGCCCGGUGCUCCCGGUGCCCAGCGUGCCCGGCGUGCACGCGGCGGAGCUGAAGGUCCCUGGCUCUGGCGCUCUGGUCCCUGGCUCCAGUCCUGGUUCCGGUCCCGGUCCUGUGGCUCUGAUGAAGUACGGGUUUCCAUCUCCAUCGUCCAUUAAGACGCGUCAGUCGUACGUGGCGGCGUACGACCCGAGGACACGCCUCCCGCUCUGGGUCCUGGAGCGACUCGACUCCGCCUCCAUCAGCGGCCAAUCAGAUCGCAGCAAGAGCCAGUUCAGGGAGGACCCCAGCGUUCACGAGUUUCACCGAGCGACAAACGCCGACUUCAAGGGGAGUGGCUUCGACAGAGGUCACAUGGCAGCAGCGGCCAAUCACAAGUGGAGCCAGAGCGCCAUGGACGACACCUUCCUCCUGACCAACGUCGCCCCCCAGGACCCCGACCUGAACCAGAACCUGUGGAACCGUCUGGAGCAGAUGUGUCGGGCUUUGACCAAACGUCACGGCGUCGUGUUUGUGGUGACGGGGCCACUGUUCCUGCCCCGCCCCCAAAGCGACGGGCGCCUCCACGUCUCCUACCCCGUCCUCGGGCGCAACCACGUCGCCGUGCCAACACACUUCUUUAAGGUCGUGAUCCUGGAGCUUCCUGAUGCUCAGGGGGUGGAGCUUCGGUCUUACGUCAUGCCCAACUGUCCAAUCCCGGAGCAGACGCCACUGGAGCACUUCCUGGUUCCCAUAGAAACGGUGGAGCGGGCGUCAGGGCUGCUCUUCGUCCAGAACAUCCAGAGGGCGACGAAGAGCAUCAGAACUGUGCACCACCAGAACCUCCAGAACCUCCCGAAGCUCCCUCAGAUAAAAAACCACUGACACUACAGCUCCCAUCAUGCUCUGCUCCUCAGGACUGCCUGGAAUGUUCCGCAGUGGAGCAUUAAACUCCUCUAUGUUCUCAUUUAUAUUAUUAUUUAUAUUAAACAUCUACGCACUGUGUUCCUCUGAGCGAGCUCGCCUCGCCACAGACCUGACCUGCAGUUCAAUUCAAAAAGUUUUCCACAUGAUCAUGAAGAAAUGAAAUUCUGUUUUAAUUUAUCUUCUGAAUAAAUAAAAAUCAAAUCAAAGUAAAA